CGUCUGAAAGCAGUGAGAACUCUGAAACUCUGGUGUUCUUCAUACUAACGUCUGUAUUUUGAUGUCAGUGAAGCAAAAGAUUUUUAGCUGCUUAGAGACUCCACAAUGUCUUUGUCUGUGAACCUGGUUCUGCUACUCUGCAUUCAGACCCCAGUGUCCUGUGCUGUGACUCCUGUGUUUGUGAAGAAGGGAGACGAUGUUCUUCUGAAUGUCACAGAAACUGAUGUUCCUGAGGAAUUUAUAGCCUUCAUGUGGAAAUUCAGUACAAAUGUCUUAGUGUCAUUUGCUCCUGGUCAAAAGCCAAAUAUCAGGGCUAAAUAUGCUGGAAGAGUUGAGCUGGAUGUGAACAAAUACUCUGUUAAACUGAAGAAUCUACAGAAGUCAGACAGUGGAGUUUAUACUGCACAAAUGACAGGGGAUCAAGAAAAAAAUAUAGCUGCAUACAACGUCACAGUUCAAGAUCCAGUCUCUCCAGUCAGGUUGAUGGUGGACUCUGUGUCCAGCAGAUCAGACUCCUGUAACCUCACAGUGACCUGCAGCGCAGUGGACUCUGACUUCAGCCACACUUUUAGAUGUGACAAUAAAGUCUGCUAUCAAGAGGGAGGAGAGAUCACAAAAUCUGAUGCUUCUUUCCAAGUCUACCCACAGGAUGAAUCAAUUAUCUGUAACCAUAGCAACCAGGUCAGCUGGACUAAACACAUGAUAAAGAUUCAGGAUCACUGCAUACAACAUGAUGGUUCAGAGACUCUCUUUGGCGUCUCCAUCUGUUUGCUGAAGACAGUCGUGUUCUCGGUUGGUCUGAUCAUCAUGGUGUCUGCUGUCAUCAGUGUCCACCUCAUGGAGAAGCUCAAGAAGCAAAAAUAAAUUCUUCUGUCUGAAUAAACUGUCCAUAUAGCUCAACGUUAAUCCAAAUCUAUUAAGUCCUUGAUAUCAUUUUUAUUUUGGGUUGUAUAAUAAAUGAUAUUCACAAAGUCAUGUAUAAAUGGACCAGCACACCAAAUGGCAUGAAGACCAGGAACCUGGAAAGCAGCAACAAGGAACAGUACAUGUGAUAUGAUCUGGCUCAUUGUGCACCAAAUUAACACAGAGACUGAAGACAAA